AUGUUGCGGAAGUCAGUGUGCAGCGGUCCUUCCAGUUCGUCGCGCAACAUAACCCAACUCACCAAGUUCCCGCCGAUCAAGCGCCUUCGCUCCCAGCGCGUCGUUUUGGCCAUGACUUCCAAGGCCCCGCCGCAGCAGAUGGAGGAAGAGGAGACUGCAGCAGCAGCAGCAGCAGCAGCUCCGGAAGAGACACAGGAGCAAGACCACGACCAGGAGAAGAAUGGGGGCGUGUCGCAAGAGCAGCCGCCGACGUCGCAGGAUCCCGAGACGAAGGACAUGGCUACAUCCGAGGCGAAAGUCAAGACAGCAGCAACUGGAGCCAAUAAACACACGAGGAUAAACGCCACACCAAGGGAGCACAAGGACGAGACGGCAGAAGGUGCAGCUGCUAGUAGUUCGCCGGACAAGGACGAGCCAAUGGACAACUGUGCAGCGUCAACGACCACUGAGACGGCACCAGGUCCGGCUCUAGCAGCAGCUACGAAGCGCAAGUUGAAUGCGCAGGAGCCUCAAUCGGCCUCUGUUGAGGACAAGGACCAUGGAAAGACGAAGAAAGCGCGGUCUCAAGUGCACACAGAGUCAGUGGGGACGACGACGACGAGACCGGUCAAGACGAAGACGGCGUUUGCGUUUGCACGACCGACGGCAUCUUCUGCUCGACGCACGGCUGCAGUUGCACAGAAUCAGGCACAAGUCAAGGCGACGCCGGUGAUGCGGAAGAUGGUGCAGUCGAAAACGUGCACCAGCUGA